GUGACGAUCGGCGUUAGCCGCAGACGAUGCUUCCUACCCCCACUCGGGAGAGGUGGGUUUGUUGCAUCCGUCAUGCAUCACGAUUGUCUCCAGCAAAGGUUUUCAAGACUCAUCGAACUGUUGUAUUUUCGUCUUCAGAAGCUUCGAGUUGCAAAUUGUUUUGCCAAAGAAAGAAGCUUGAACCCCCCGGGGCAGUGAGCACCUCUUUCUGGGAUGCUGACCCUUAGAAAGGCUCACUGAGCCUAUGGCUCGGCGGACCCGGGGCUUUGCGGUGACCUUCUGAUCGAGCGAUGUUAAAGCGUUCGCUGGUGGCUAUCUGGCCCAAGGGUUGACAUUAAGUAAUUCCUUAUCAACUCAGCAUGUCGGCCCUAUUAUGUCGCCUCGUCCGGUAGCUCUUAUCGAUUGCAAUGCGGAUGCUGUUCUUGUCCCAUAUCAAGGCGAUUCGCUUGGUCUAUCUUCGCACUCACGAGCAUCUCGCUGGAGCCCUGACUCGCCUGGAUGGUCACUUCUUCUGGUUCUCCUCGUAUAGCAAACGGCGAGACCAUCGUGAUGCCUCUUGUUCGUGCAACAGUUCCGAGAAAGCCUAAAACUCCUCUUCCACAACUCCAGACAGGCUUACUUCUGAUGUUGGAAAUUGCGGAAAUUGCAGCUUCAAUGUCCAUAUACCCGUAUAUCAAUCAGCUUAUCACAGAAAUUGGGAUCACUAGAGGUGACGAUGCGGCUGUAGGAUACUAUGUCGGAUUAAUUGAUUCUCUGUUUUACCUCGCCCAGGCACUGACAGUAUUGGGCUGGAGUCGGUUGUCCGACCACAUUGGACGCAAGCCAGUGUUAUUAAUCGGGCUAACAGGAGCUUGCAUUUCGAUGAUAUGUUUCGGCUUUUCGACAGCCUUCUGGAGCCUAGUCAUGAGUCGCUGCAUGUGGGGAGUAUUGAAUGGCAACAUUGGAGUCAUGAGGAUUGUGAUGGGUGAAUUGACGGACUCUACGAAUAUGGCUCAGGGAUUUGCCUUGCUUCCGAUGGCGUGGUCAAUUGGAUGUUUCGCUGGCCCUUUGAUGGGGGGAAUGCUGGCGCGGCCACAGGAUCACUGGCCUAAAUUAUUUAUCAAUCCAUUUUGGGGAACAUACCCGUACUUUCUUGCUUGUGCAUUAUCUGCUUCUCUGCUCCUCUUGGCCUUUUUCAUGUUGUUAUACUUCUUGGAAGAAACAUUAUCAAGCAAACGCCGACCAAGGUCGACAAUAGCCACGCCCAGUGUUUCUCGCGGUAUCAAUGAUCAGGAAGCGUUUGUGCAACAAUCUACGACAGAUACGCUCUUGUGGUCUCUGCUCACACCUACCAUUGUUAUUCCGAUCGCAAGCUACGCUAUGUUGUCCUUUCUUGACGUGUCUUUCAGGGCUCUCAUGCCGCUGUUCCUUUCCACGCCCACCCACCUUGGCGGCAUGGGUCUUACUCCUUCUUCCAUUGGUUUGUGGCUGGCGUUCUCUGGGAUCGUAGAUGGACUCUUUCAGGCAUUGUUCUUGGCUAAAAUUGUUGAUUGGGUUGGUCCCAAGCAUCUAUUCUGUGUAUCAGUGUCGUGCUUCACACCGCUUAUGGUCGCGUUUCCGAUGAUGUCGUGGCUGGUACACACAAGGGGGAUGGUUGAUCAUGCAAUUAUGUAUGCCUUGCUUGGCCAGCUGAUUCUGACAGUGACAUGGGAUAUGGCAUUCGCUACUGCUUUGAUGUUUGUCACAGCUUCUGCCCCUGCGAAGAAUGUUCUUGGCGUCGUCAAUGGUCUCUGCCAAACCUCUGCAUCGAUAGCUCGUGCCCUUGGGCCUGCCUUAACCACAUCGCUCUUCGCAUUCUCAAAGAAACACAAUAUUCUCAAUGGAAAUGCAGUAUAUGUUGUCUUGAUCAUACUGUCCGGUGUCCUAAGGUGGCUGGGUUCGCAGCUGCCAGAUGAAGUACAAGACAGAGAUGAAUGAAAGGUCAGUACUUCUCGAGAUUUUUCACCUGAAAUGCAUGAAUAGUGAAUACCCAGACACUUCAAAAGGCCUGUGGGUUCCCGUACAGAAUUACGAAAUGUACCAUUCGAGUGUCUGCCGCCGAGCCCGUUGAUUGAUGUACUUGAUACAUGUAUACUACUUAGUACUCUUGCCCAUUCUAAAAGCAUGGAUCAGCUUAGAUCCUCUACCUCGAGAAA